GGAGCGCGGCGAUCGGCAGUGCGCUGUGUCCCUCGGACACAGCGAAUCACCGAUCACGGAAAGAGCCGAAGAUAUCGGCUCGGUCAUGUGAUCAGCUGUGUCCAAUCACAGCUGAUCACAUGGGACAUGUACACUGAUCAUCAGGGCACUGAUGAUCAGUGUGCCCUGAUGAUCAGUGUAGCCCCAGCAGUGCCACCUGUCAGUGCUCAUCAGUGCCUCGUGCCAGUGCCCAUCAGUGCCACAUAUCAGUGCCUACCAGUGCACAUCAAUGCCACAUAUCAGUGCCCAUCUGAGCUGCCUUUCAGUGUCACCCAUCAAUGCCAGCCAGUGCCUCCUAUCAGUGCUGCCAAUCAGUGCCGCCUAUCAGUGCCAGUCAGUGCCAUGUAUCAGUGCUGCCUUUCAGUG